GCUGAGGGAGCCAUAAGCAAACAGGAACUUGACGUGUAAAGGAAACAAAGCUGGCAGGGAUCGCAGGUCGACUCUGUUGGGCUGUUAAUUCUCACAGGAGUCCUCAUGGAGCCGACGAAUCUACAGAAAGCUAUUGCCGUAGCACAGAAGGCCUCACAGGAAGACCAGGAGGGAAACUAUGAGGAGGCCAUCCGCUCAUACCAACAUGCUGUCAAGUACUUUCUGCACAUUUUAAAACGUGAACCCCAGGGUAAAGAUGGCAACCAGAAGAUCAGAGAUAAAUGUAAACUGUACCUGGACAGAGUGGAAGAACUACAGGAGUACCUAGUGAAUAAAGAGAAAGCCAUUGAUCUUGCCAGCAAGGCGGCUCAGGAGGAUAAAGCUCAGAACUAUGAGGAGGCUCUGCGUCUGUACCAGUCUGCAGUUCAGUACUUCCUCCAUGUGGUGAAAUAUGAAGCCCAGGGUGACAAAGCCAGACAGAGCAUCCGGGCAAAAUGUGCUGAAUACUUGGACAGAGCAGAAAAGUUGAAGGAGUAUCUAAAGAAGAAAGAGAAAGCUCCUCCUGCGAAGCCUGUCAAAGAGUCACAGUCUGACGACAAAGGGAAUGAGAGCGAUGAAGGUGAUAAUCCAGAGAAAAAGAAAUUCCAGAAUCAACUCUUAGGUGCAAUUGUUAUGGAGAAACCAAAGAUCAAAUGGAGUGAUGUGGCUGGUUUAGAGGGAGCCAAGGAGGCACUGAAAGAAGCUGUUAUUCUUCCAAUCAAAUUCCCCCACCUUUUCACAGGAAAGAGAACUCCAUGGAGAGGGAUCUUGCUCUUUGGACCACCAGGUACAGGAAAGUCCUAUCUGGCCAAAGCUGUUGCCACAGAGGCAAACAACUCAACCUUCUUCUCUAUCUCCUCGUCUGACCUUGUCUCCAAAUGGCUGGGAGAGAGUGAAAAGUUGGUGAAGAAUCUUUUUAGCCUUGCAAGGGAGCACAAGCCUUCCAUCAUCUUCAUUGAUGAGAUCGACUCUCUGUGUGGGUCAAGAAGUGAGAACGAGAGUGAGGCUGCUCGCCGUAUUAAGACAGAGUUCCUGGUUCAGAUGCAGGGUGUGGGGAAUGACAAUGAGGGGGUGCUGGUACUUGGGGCAACAAACAUCCCAUGGACCCUAGACUCAGCCAUCAGAAGACGAUUUGAGAAGAGGAUCUACAUCCCACUGCCUGAGGCGCAUGCCCGUUCCUCCAUGUUCAAGCUCCAUCUGGGCUCAACCCCCAACAGUCUUUCCGAGUCUGACUUUGUCACUCUGGGCAAGAAGACAGAUGGAUACUCGGGAGCAGAUAUAAGUAUCAUUGUCAGAGACGCUCUAAUGCAGCCUGUUCGAAAGGUCCAGUCAGCAACCCACUUCAAACGGGUCCGAGGUCCAUCAAGAGAUGACCCAAACAGUAUUGUAGAUGACCUCUUAACUCCUUGCUCACCUGGCGAUCCCAACGCAAUUGAAAUGACAUGGAUGGAGGUUCCUGGGGAGAAGCUACUGGAGCCUAUUGUAUGCAUGCCUGACAUGUUGAGGUCUCUGGCCCACACAAAGCCAACAGUCAAUGAACAAGAUCUGGACAAACUGAAAAAAUUCACAGAGGACUUUGGACAGGAAGGCUAGGUGGGAUGAUUGAGCCAAGCCAAACCAAAGCAAAGGAAUUGCGAUUGUCUCUCUCUGUACUGUCCUUGUCAUGAUUUUUUCUCUCUGUCUCAUCAUAAUCAUUCAUCAGGCCUCAUGGUUUGUCAUAAAUGGGCAAGGUUACUGCUCUGUUUUGCCAAUCUGAUAACCACACAAAUGGUGGAAGACUCAGUUUUAUUCGAUAUUCAUCAUUGUCCAAAGAAGAUUAAAGAUCUCCCAACUGCAGCUCAGCUGACAAAAAAACAAUAUUACAUAGGGAAUAUAGAGGGUUGUUUAUGCACUAAAGAUUAAACAUAUUAAUGAGCGGAAUACCCACCCGACUUCAGGAAACUAAUGGCAGACAUAGACAGCAAUUAUUGCAAAUGAGGCCAUUGAAGUUAAGAUAAUUUAUUUUAAGUCAGAACUAGCUCAUGUGUCCUUAUUUUCCAGUCAGAAUACAUCUCACUAGACUAAUAAAUACACCCUCUAUUUUUAUUAGGAAAAAGCAUUUUAUAGUGUUUACUGUACUUGUGGAAUGUAUUAAAUUGGGCUAAAUGAGUGAAGUGGGAUAUAUUGUGGUGAAAUAUGUCAGUUGUCUCAAGGUGGUGGAUGUUUAGAGUUUUGAGACAGAGAUACUCAGGAUGAGAGCUGUAUCAGGCCCUGUGGAAAUUUUGGAUUGUCUGCCCAGUUACCUAACAAAUGACAAAUUGUAUGUUUACUCAUUUGUCUUUUGAAUUCAAUACAACUAUUAGGGUGGAUCACCAAUGGUGCCAGGCCAGCAUUAUUUUACAGUUUUUCAAGGACUCAGUAGCUUUGAAUUGCUUUGUCACUCAGCUUGCGAAAAACAAACCGUGCUUUGUUUUUUGCAAUCUACUGUACAUAUUUUCCAUUUUUAUCCACAGGCUUUGCUGAUUAUCCUUAAUUCAAACUGCAAAAAAGUAAGCCUUAUUCUAAGAUUAAGUCUCAUUGUGAGUUUUGAUAAAACAAGACUGAGGUGAUGCUGGUGGCUCAAGUGGAGACAUCAUAUUCUUGUAUACUUCACUACAUAGGAAUGCAUCUCCAAGCAUGAACUUUAUGUAGCCAUAAGUGGCAGCGUGCACCAUGUGCCUUCUAGAAAAGCUGCAAGAAGAUCCUUUUUUUUAUUGGUUUAUUUCUAAAUUGGUCAUAUUGCAUAUAUCCAGUGCUUUGUCACUACAACUAAGAAAUGUAUAAUACUUGCACAUUUCAUGUAAGCUCUUUUAGAGAUUGUAUACAACUGUACUCUUUUGCUCCUAAGGUGUGAAAACUGUCUCUUUUGAGUUAAGAUGGGGAACAUCUCGUAUUUUCCUGUAAAUGUCUAUACAUAUAGCCAACUCUUGAACCUUUUCUUUGUGAAGAGGUCACUCAUGCAUAAGAAUUUCUGUUUUUCAUUUCCAUAAUGUAAAUAAAAGUUAUAGCUACGCUAAGAAAAGUUGUUUACUUUUGUGAAAUGAAUAUACGAUUUGUUAUAAAGAUUCACAAUAGAAAUGUAGUUUGAAAAAUAAAGAAUA